AUGCCAGGUGUUGACUCAGAGUCAUUUAGGGCUAGUAGACUUCGCAGACUCUCAAGUCUCGAUGCGACAGCCAAAAAGUAUGGCCACUUACAUAUGGCCCUGCCACCACGGUCUCUGAAUAGACCGACAAAGGAUCUUCCUUUGGACUCGCCUAUCCACCUGGCCGACCCUCUCUUGGACCAAGGGCUGGCCUCUACCGGAGGGAUGGCCAACGGAGAAGUCCCUUUGGCGACACCCUCAAUCGGCACCACCAGCGAGGACUUCGCUCUUGCUUUCGAUAUCGACGGCGUGCUCAUACGUGGCGGCACUGCCAUCCCUGAAGCGAUCGAAGCCAUGAAAUAUAUCAACGGCGAAAACCCCUAUGGAAUCCGAGUACCCUAUAUCUUCCUCACCAACGGAGGCGGCAAAAGCGAACAGGAGCGCUGCGACGACCUGAGCCGCCAGCUCCAAUCCAAUGUCGUCCCGGGCCAAUUCAUCUGCGGCCACACGCCCAUGCGCGAGAUGGCGGAGAAGUACAACACCGUCCUCGUGAUCGGCGGCGAAGGCGAAAAGUGCCGCAUCGUCGCCGAAGCCUACGGCUUCAAGAACGUCAUCACCCCCGGCGACAUCAUCAAGACGAAGCCCGACACCGCGCCCUUCCGCAAACUGACCGAGGAAGAAUGGAACAACUCGCGCACGCUGGACCUGGAGAACCUGCAGAUCGAGGCAGUGUUCGUCUUCGCCGACAGCCGCGACUGGGCGAGCGAUCAGCAGAUCAUCCUCGACGUGCUGAUGACGAAGGAGGGCCGCCUGGGCCACCGCUCGGAGGUGUUUAACGAGGGCCCGCCGCUGUACUUCUCGCAUAACGACGUUGUCUGGUCGACGUCGCACGAGUACACGCGGAUCGGCAUGGGGGCGUUGCGGGCGUCUGUCGAGGCCCUCUAUAAGGCUGUGACGGGAGUGGAGUUGAAUACGUUUGCGUUUGGGAAGCCGCAGAUUGGGACGUUCCAGUUUGCGACGCGGUUCUUGCAGCAGUGGCGCAGCGUGUCCCAUGGAAUUGACAAGCCGCCCGCAACCGUAUAUUUCUUCGGUGACACGCCCGAAUCGGAUAUCCGGGGCACGAAUGAGUACAACAAGGUUGCCGAGAACGAGUGGUUCUCUGUCUUGGUGAAGACGGGUGUCUAUCAGAGUGGUACCCCCAGCUAUCGGCCGAACCAUAUCUGCGAGAAUAUACUCGAGGGCGUCAAAUUUGCCAUCGAGCGCGAGCAUCGGAAGACGAAGGAGCGGGGCUCUCUUGCUGGCACCGAAAAAAAGCAAAAUGAAGAAAAUCAGCCCGAUGGGGCUGAGGCUCAGGCGUAA